GCUGAACGUUUCAAGCAGUAACAUCGGCCGCCAUGCCAAGUGGUUCAGUGCAAACAUCAUGAUGUGGCAUAAUGUUGGAAGUUAGAGACGUAUAGAAGCCGGUGACGGCUAUUUUUCGUAAUGUAAAUUAUAAAUGCCUCUCUAUCGUUCUUCGGAAGCAUUGCGUAGUCGCUCAAAACGCAUCGAUUAGUGCGUUUGUUCGUUGUAGCUCGGUCGCUACUUCACGUAUUUUCCAUCUCACGGAUCCUAGUUUUUUGCUGAAGCAGCAAAACGAUAAACACGAUGAUGGAACCAGGAGCUGUGCCAGAACUCGAGGAACUGACGCUAUGCACGUUCUGCAAGCAGAAAUUUAAUGAUUCUGACUUGUGCCCGAAGUUCCUAAGUUGCAAACACUACUUCUGCCUCAAAUGUAUCCAAACAGCACUGAUGAAGGGGCGUGAGGUUUACUGUGUUCACUGCUGGAAACGAACUGAACUUGGCGAGCAGGGUGCGGAUACUCUGCAGACAUAUGGUGCAGUCUUGACACUAACAAAGAAUUUAACUGCCCUUAAGAUUGGACCUGGUAGUGGCAGUAAUGCUGUGGGUGGCAACAAGCCCCCAGACAAGGAUCGCAAGGUUCUUCCAAGUGAAAACUGUCACACUCAUGGAAUGCCUCUUGCUCUCUGGUGCCACACAUGUUGUGCUGCUAUGUGUCGCGCGUGUGCCACACAGCAGGAACAUCCUGGCCAUCAAAUAAAAUCACAGGCUGAAGCGAAGGAUCAGCUUGUUACUGAGGUGCACAAUGAACUUCAUGCUAUGAGCAAGAUGCUGGGUGAAAUACAGCGUUUGGCAAUGCAACAGCGUGACUUCUUGCUCAAGGUUUUGGAAGCAUGUGUAACGCUGAAGACACAUGUGGAAACAGAUCUACAGUCAGGUUGGAGCCAUGUACCAGAGGUGGCUGAAGCACGUGAAGCUUUAGCAAAGGCAAGAGGAGGCCUAGCUGCUGUAGACGGUCCUGCUGCAGCCCACGCACUGUACGCCUCGCUUGCACUCGAGAAGCAACGACUGCAGGGCAAGUACCACGAAAUGUACCUACAAUGUCAGCUCGACGACCUCAUUGGGAAUUCAGGUGUUGUGUUCGAUUUUGGGUUGCUGAAGCAGGCCUUGGCAGGCAUUCACUCUGGCGAACCGCCUGCUGUUGUAGCUGGAGGACAGUCAGGACGACUCCCACCACAAGCACACCAUGCCACAACUGCUCAGAAUAACCCUAUCCUAUUCCUUGCUAAUUAUUGUAUGUCGCAGCUGUACUCUCGCCAUGUGUUAACAAAACAGCAGCAGCAGCAACAACAACAGCAGCAGCAACAGCAGCAGCAGCAACAACAACAGCAGCAGCAGCAACAGCACCAUUUACAGCAGAAUGGAACUGUUGAGUACCACCCACAUCACCCGCCAAAUGCUACUGCCAUGCCCCCACCGCAUCACCUAGUUGCAGCUCCUCCGCAACACGUUAUGGUAGCUGCACCUCCGCCCCAGCAGGCCGGGCCAGGGAAACCACCACCUGCUCUUCCCCCACAUGCGCAACCUCCGCCACCACCUCCAUAUGCUCAGGAUGGGGGAGUGGUAGCUGUCCAGGUCCAGUCACCGCCACAACCCGUUGUUCCGCUCAACGUUCGUAACCCGACUGGACCGUACCCUCUUUACUACUUUAACAUUGAUGUCAACGGGACUCCGCAAGGGCGGAUUGUAAUUGAGGUUCGUCCUGAUGCUGCUCCAAAAAUGGCGAAAAAUUUUGGGGUACUUUGUACAGGGGAAAUGGGUGUGAGUUACAAAGGUUGUGCUGUUUUCCAGUGCUGGGAAGGAGAGUCUGUAAUUACUGGAGAUUUUGAGCUCAACAAUGGCAGAGGAGGGCGUUCUAUUUUUGAGGACGGUUAUUUUAUGCCUGAUGAUACGAAAUUCCCAGCUGUGCGGGGUGCUGUGGGAAUGCGCCGUACGCAAAAGCGUCAUGACAACCUCGGGAUGGUUGGAUCACAGUUCCGGAUCAUCUUGCAGGAGAUGAGAGGCUUCACGGGAAUCUUUGGGCAUGUUAUUGAAGGUCUUGAACUUGUUGAAAAAAUUUCCACAUUUGGCGAUCAGACGGGAAAGCCGACUAAAACCAUCGUGAUUACCAAGUGUGGAAAGUUGUAAGAAGAAAAAAAAUACUCGCAAAUAUUACGCUAUUUUGAGUUGACCGGAGUCUAAAGCAUAUUGCCAAUUAUAUGCAAAGAA